AUGCCAUUUCACAACCCACUGGCCAAACAGCCAGAGUCCUACGUUAAGAAGAAGGAGUACGAGUUCAAAAAGACGUUAGGCGAAGGCACAUUCGGCAUUGUCCGUUCAGCAUUAUGGAAAGCGGCAGACCCACCCAUCAACGUCGCAGUCAAGGUGAUCAGCAAGCGCAUCCUCAAAGGACAUGAUGAGAUCGUUAAGGAUGAAAUGAACGUUCUCAAGGGCCUUGACCAACCGCAUGUGGUCAAGUUCUUGGAUUGGUUCGAGAGUAAAGAUAAGUACUAUCUGGUAUUCGAAGAAGCAACCGGAGGCGAACUCUUCGAACGCAUUCUCUCCCGCGGACGAUUCACCGAACUCGAUGCUUGCCGAACCAUCCGAGCCGUCCUCUCCGCCAUCCAAUAUCUUCACCAUCACAACAUCGUCCAUCGCGACAUCAAACCCGAAAACAUCCUCUACCGCACUAAAGAAGAAGACGCAAAUGUAGUGCUAGUCGACUUUGGUAUCGCAGCACAUAUGAAGAGCGAUGACGAACUGCUCACCUCCGUCUGCGGUAGUUUUGGCUAUGCCGCACCCGAGAUCCUUGCCAAGAAGGGCCACGGCAAAGCAGUAGACAUGUGGAGUCUGGGAGUGAUCACAUACACUAUGCUCUGCGGCUAUACACCCUUCCGCUCGGACGAUCCGGCAGCGCUAGCGGCAGAGACGCAGAGAGGAAAAGUGGAGUUCCAUGAUCGAUAUUGGAAGAACGUUAGUAAUGAAGCCAGGGACUUUGUCAAGGCGUGUUUGACAGUGGAUCCGAAGAAGAGGUUGACGGCGGAUCAGGGUAUGGCACAUCCAUGGUUGACCGAGCACAGUGCAGAGACGCAGGGUUCGCACGAUAUCAGUGCUGGUCUCAGGGAGAACUAUAGAAAGAGGUGGAAGUCCGCGAUUGCUGCAGUGAGGGCGUCAACCAAGUUCAGAACGUUUGCACAGUUGGCCAGUGAGAGUAGGGAGCAGAGCCAGGCGAAUACACCGUCAACGGACAGUGCCUCUUCGGCAAAUGCGUUUGCGGCGGAUGCGGGGAAGAUUUCGCCUCCGACGAAGAGGGAGUUGUAUAGCGAGGAGGAGGACGAGGAGGAGGAGAAGCAGGACGAGGAGGAGGAUCGAGAGGCGAAUGAAUGGUUUGAUACGGAGGAAGGGAGCUCGAAAGCAGCGACGGGUGAGGAAAAGAAAGAGGAAGGAUUUAUGCAGAAGCUCGAGGACAAGCUUGAUGGCUUGCAUCUCAACUUGUCUAGCAAGUAA